UUAACAUUUAUUCCUACAGUUUUAUUAAUAUCACAGUUUAUGAAAAAAAAUAAUACCUAGUCAUAUUGUCAGAAGCAUCUUCUGCUAUAAAUAUUGUGCACUUAUGAAUUAUAAUGUUAAUACAGAAGUAGUUGUAGCAACGCACGGGAGACAGAACACUGAAGGUUGAGCUAGCACCAUGAAUUGUUGACGAGGUCGUCAAGCAACGAGGAGCAGUUCUUCCACUGACUCCUCACAAGCAACAUCCUACUUCUUCCCCUCCUGUAUUCCCCAGCCUCCCCCACCCCAUUAACUCCAACCUAUCGUGUAAUUUCAAGUUUAACCCUCCUGUUACCCCCACCACCCAGAACAAGGGAGUUUGGAACCUCAGUCAAGACAAAAAAUUUAGAAUUCCCAUCAUCCAGGCCAAGGAAUUUCUAGCUUAUACUAUCCUAAACAAGGAGUUAACAAUCCUCAUCAUCCAGAACAAGCAGUGUGAACCCCCCACCACGUCUCCAAGCACAUAUCAUUAACUCCACACCAGAUCAUAAUCAUUGGCAGUGAAGCACAACAGCCGUGAGAGUCUCUGGUGAUGGACAGUGAAGAAAUAUUUAGAUGUGUCUCUGGUGAUGGGUAGUGAAGCACAGCCGUGAGAGUCUUUGGUGAUGGACAGUGAAAAAAUGCUCAACUGUGUGUCUCUGGUGAUGGGCAGCGAAGAAAUACUCAGUUGUGUGUCUCUGGUGAUGGGCAGUGAAGUACAACACAUCUGUGUGUCUCUAGUAGGCCAGGUGACAGACAUCUAGUGCACAGGAACUAUCGAAGACACUGUGGUACCAGGUGCUAUGGUGGUGGUGUUUGGGUUCUGCUGACCCGAGGGAGAACAGGAAUAUCACACAAACGUUGGUACCUGGUAACAUCACACUACACUCAACUGACCCAAACUAUAUUUCAACGUCUUCAUCAUGGAUAUUGAAUCAAUUCGCAAGCGCCGGGCGCACCUGAACGCUCUCACCUCCUCCACCAGACUACCUACCCUGACGCCCUUGGAAGUAUUCGGAGCACGUCCCUCUUCAGUACACAGCCUCUCCUCCAGCAGCAGCAGCAGCACAUCAUCAGAGAAGAGGCGCCUGCAGCACCGCCAGAGACCAGACCUAUACAUGCCCAGGAAGGACUCAGCCUCGCUGGUCAGGGAGAGAUCAGGCAGGAACAGGAUGCCAGCCCUCACCAUCCCACCCAUGACGUUAGUUUUCACACGAAAGAGCUUGGUUAAUGAGGCUACAAGUGGUAGGCCAUUACUCGACCCGCUGCCGGAUAUUGGACAAAAUAAAGAAGAAGAAGAAGAAGAGAAAGAAGCGGAGAGAAGGGAGAGGAUGCAAUUUAAGGAACAGGAGAACUAUAGAGAAGAAGGAGAUGCAGAAGAGGUUGAAGAAGAGCUGGAUGAGGAAAUAGAGGAGAAAGUGACUGGCCAAGACACUAGAGAAAUACUAACUCAACCUGUGGAUCAGGAGAACAACAAUUUCAACCUGUGGACGAAGGCCAAGGAUUCCCUUCUCACAGGAAAGACACAUGAAGUGUGUCGUGAGAACCCAUAUGUUAUUCCUGACGAAUCUGUCAUUCCUGAUGAACAUGUUCCUGACGAAUCUGUCGUUCCUGAUGAACAUGUGCCUGACGAAUCUGUCGUUCCUGAUGAACAUGUUCCUGACGAAUCCAUUGUCCCUGAUGAACCUGUUCCUGACGACUCCACUGUCCCUGACGAACAUGUUCCUGACAAUUCCACUGUCCCUGAUGAAAAUGUUCCUGAUGAAUCUGUUGUUCCUGGUGAACAAAUUCCUGAUGAACCUCUAGGAAGUGUUGCUUCCUGUGAACAUGAUGUCACUGGUUCAUCUAACCUGCGACUCGUACCUUCCUCGGCUAAACGCAAAUCUCCGUCAGCAUCAUCCCGGCCAACAGCGGCAGCACCACCCAGCAAUUCUUCUGAUCACCCACAAGAUAUGGAGAAGAGACCUAUGAUCUCUGACGAGUUAUCAAAUGAAAAUGAAGACACGGAUCAGCCAGUACUAAAUGGUAAGGAAGAUGCUGUGAGGAUCGUAGAGGACAUGCAGAGUGAAGAGAUGGCGAAAAAACUCGAAGCUACUGUUCUUGUGAGGAAGUUCCUCACUCAGUCCUCACCAUCAAUAACAGAAACUUUCCUGGACGCGGACGUUCUCACACCAGCGCUCGCCAACCUUAAGGACAAAAACCAAACCCUUGUGUUGGAGACAGUGUGGGUGCUCACCAACAUAGCUUCAGGAGAGUCGCGCUUCACUCAGACACUAGUUGAGCGAGGCUUGGUGGAGCCGCUGGUGGAGGCGCUAGGAGCACCGUACAGCGCAGUGGUGGAGCAGGCAGCUUGGGCACUCUCCAACAUCGCGGCUGACAGGCGUGAGUUCCGGGAUCAACUUGUGACUGCCGGGGUCGUCAAGCUCCUGCUGGCCCACCUCAACAACUCCACACCGGACUCUUUCACCCGGAUCAUUGCCUGGGUACUGUGCAACCUGUUCUUCCACAAGCCCCUUAAUAUGUCCAUGGAGGAGGUGUCCCUCAUCUUGCAGGCGUUGAAGGAUCAACUUCUAGACCAUAAGAACACGCAGACCCAAGCGGAGGCCCUGAAAGCGAUGGCGAACUUCACUGAUCAGGGCGUCGAGUAUAUCCAGCAGGUGGUGGAGGCAGGGAUGGUUGAGCAGCUGGUGGCCCACCUAGACUCCAGUGAGAGUAACAUGCUGUCUUCAGCGUUGAGGGCUGUGGGUAACAUCAUGACCGGAACAGACAGUCAGACUGAUGCGGUACUGGUGGCUGGAGUGCUACCAGCCUACACACGCCUGCUGGCAAACUGCAGUGAUGUUAAGACCAGGAAGGAGAUUUUGUGGGCUAUCUCCAACAUUACGGCCGGUACAUCCGACCAGAUCCAACAAGUCAUAUCUUCUGGACUGCUGACAGAACUGGGACUGGCUGUCCAAUCGGAUGAAUUUCCCAUACGAAAGGAAGCAGCAUGGGCUCUCUCCAACAUAACUGACGUAGGCACCAGAGAACAGGUGGAUGUGUUACUGCACGAGGAUGUCAUACGACAUAUGUUGGCCCUGCUGGCUGACCUUGACCCCAUCCUCGUAUCUUUGGGCGUAGAGAGUACCGACAGAUUUCUGAAAAAAUCUAAUGAUCCGGCUGCCGUCAAGGAGGCAAUACGCGAGUGUGACGGCGUGAGCCUCUUACAGCGACAUCUGCAACACGGAAACGACCAGAUUGCUCAGAAAGUGAGAGCCAUCCUCGAUGACUUGUCUGUGGAUCACGAGCAGGAGAGGCAGACACUGCCACAGGAUAACCACGACGGGGCGAAGGAAGAGGAAGAGGCGCAUGAGGACGACAAAGAGUCAAACGAUCAAGCGAAUGAUGAGGAAAAGGUGAACGAUAAUAAUGAAAAGGAUAAAAACAAUGAAAUUUAUAAUGUAAACGAAAAUGAUAUACUGUGGAUGCGGGAUACUGAAAACUGGUAAAAUGGGACACCAGUUGCUGUGGAGUUGGGUUUUGAAACGCUUUACCCAGGUGUGGGUUUUUUCACGGCCAUGAAAAAUAUGAAAACCAAAGAGCUUAAAUAGCGCAGAACUCACGUGCGUCGAAAUAAUGAGUUUUAUUCAGCUACAAGAGGCAGCCUACCGGCCCAUGUAAGAUUUUCUUUGUUCUAGAAUAAAAGAGAUAUGAAGGAAAUCUCUCAUAGGCCUGGACGAGGGUGAAAUUAAUGUUGUAGUAAGACCGUAUUGUUUGCGAUAACCUGGAGUGGUGUGUGAACAUUGUGGUGUCAGCCUAUGUAUACAUGUAGACAAAUGGAAUUUGCUGAUGAAAUACAACUUUGGCUACAAAAAAGACUGUGUUGUUAUAUAACUUUUACUCUCGUUGCACUCAAAAUAAUCUUAGUAUCUGUUUAUGGUAAUUUUUUACAUUUCUAAUUUUUAUCAUUUCAAAACUGACAUUAAAUCGAGAAUAAAAACAAAGUCAGUUUCAAAAAUCACUUAACAGUAAUUAGUUCACUGUGUGAGUGUUUGUUCCAAGGAAAAUUUUGAAUAAUGUAAAUCGGUUAUGUUCUUGCAUGUUAAGGCGUCUGUCCUGCAUGUGUCACUCACACCCUUCAUGGUGAGGGGUUCUUGAUUCAAGGAAUUGGAGCUGUUCACUUCCAUAAAAUACCUCCCCUUCUCCAAGCGCUCUAUGACCCCCCACGGGUUUAACGCUUCCCCAUGAAUAUAAUAUUUCCACAUAUUUCUUUUCACAAAUUUACU